GGAAUUUGAGGUGCUGUCCCGUCGCUGUGAAGCUGCUUCAUCCAGUCCCGGCCCUGUCGGGUUGCGUCCACCGCAGACAUUGCAGCUCUGGGGGGUUAGCGCUGCUCCUCACACUCCAGGCUGUCUGAGCUUGGACGGAGCCAGUGAGUUUUGACGAUGUGGCUGUGAAGUUCACUCUAGGAGAGUGGGUUCUGUUGGAUACUUGUCAAAGGAAGCUCUACAGAGAUGUGAUGAUGGAAACAUUUAUGAACCUUAUCUCCAUAGAGGAAGAAAAUAUUGAUGUGGACUGCCAAGAACUCCAGAGAAACCUGAGAAUUCAGGUCCUUGAGCGAUUCUGUGACUAUGAACACAGUAGUGAGUGUGCAAAGACCCACCAGCAGGUGCCAGAGAACGCUGUUAAUGCAGACCAUCAUCCUGCAGUCACAGUUUAUGAAAGCCACAUGAAUGUAAAAGACAUCAGUGGUCACUCAUCUUCCGAUAUGAUCGUUCAAAGUCAAACUGAAGAGAAACCAUAUGUGUUUCAGGAACAUAUGGAGAAGGCUAUUAAACAUGAGGCAUGUAGGAAAGAUUUCAUUUAUUCUGAGUCCUUUCAAACACUUGAGAGUGCUCCUGCUAGAGAGAACAUCUGUGAAAGUAGACAAUCUAAUGAGUCUUGUAGUCAUCCCAGUUCUCAUCAAGAUUAUGGGAGAACUUGCAUUGGAGAUGAGCUGCGUGAGUGUAAGCAAUUUGAGAAGACCUUGAAGGAAAAAAGUUGUGUUCAAACAUUGGAAAAGAUCCAUACUGGCGAAAAAUCACUGGCAUGUAAGCAAUGUGGAGAAACCUUCAUUCAUUCCAGUCACUUGACCAGACAUCAGAGAAUUCACUCAAGAGAGAAAACGUACUCAUGUAGACAUUGUGGUGAAACUUUCAUGUAUUCCCUGGCCCGUCAAAAUCAUGAAAAAACUCACAAGAGAAAGCACAGUUAUAUAUGUAAACAUUGUGGGAAAGCGUGUAUUCAUUCUUACCAUCUUCUCCAGCAUGAAAGGCGCCACACUCGAGAGAAACGUUUUGCAUGUAGUCAAUGUGGCAAAGCAUUCAGACGGUCCUCAAACCUUCACAAACACGAAAGAAUUCACAACAAAGAGAAACCCUAUGCAUGUAAACAAUGUGGAAAAGCCUUCAUCAGUGCAGGCAACUGUUACAACCAUGAAAGAAUUCACACUGCAGAGAAGACCUAUGUUUGCCAAGAGUGUGGGAAAGCAUUUAUGUUUUCCUCAUACCUUCGAAAACAUGAAAGAAUUCACACUGGAGAGAAACCCUACACGUGUAAAUGUUGUGGAAAAACCUUCACCCACUCUAGUGCUUGUUACAGGCAUGAGAAAACGCAUACUAAAGAGAAGCCAUAUGUAUGUGUGGAGUGUGGGCAAGCAUUCACUUUUUUCAAAUCCCUCCAUAUACAUGAAAAAACUCACACUACUAGAGAGAAAUUCUACAAGUGUAAUCCAUGUGGGAAAGAAUUUGUGUAUUUCUCAUACCUUCGAAGACAUGAAAGAUCUCACAGUGAAAAGAAACCCAGUGGUUAAAGCUUAUACUUGUGUAAACCAUGUGUAACAGUAAUCAACCUGCUUUUUAAAAUAUUUAUCAUUUACUUAUUUGUUUGUUUAUUUGCAUGAAGUGUUGGAGAACUCACCAUUGCUCUGGUGUAAAUCUGGAGCUCAGCAGACAACUUGCUGGAAUCAGUUCUCUUUCCAUUGUGUGAGUCCCAGGGAUGGAGCUCAGAUCCUCAAGCUUGGCAACAAGUUCCUUUCCCUUCUAAGCCAUCCCACCAGCCUUUGUCUUGUUUUUCUUGUGAGUGAGGUUUCUUAUGUAAGUUUUACAUUUUGUGCUUUUCUGUGUAUACUUUCUCCAGAAACAAAUGGAGAGACUGUGUUGACUGAGGUUUCUGUCCUGCCAGGGCCUGCAGCCAUUAGGUCCCAGAGAAUCACACAAAGGUCUACAUUAAUUAUAAACUGACUUGCCUAUUAGCUCAGGCUUCUUAUUAACUCUUAUAAUUUAUUUUAGCCCAU